AACGUGAUAGGCAAAGGAGAGAUAAUACAAAUGGAAACUUCACAAAUUAAAAUUUUAGAGAUUUCAACUUAAAAUAGAGAAAAGAAUUCUUUUCUUGUUAUGUACAAUUUUCUCGUUAUAUACAAUAUAAUGGAAAUUACUAUCUAAAAAUUAAUUGUUCUUACAACUCAUAUUGGAAUAUUUUUAUGCAUAUAUACUAAAGCAUACAAUGCAUGCACGAUUUUUGUACAUUUCAGCUAUUUAUUAUUUUAAUUAUCACAAUUAUUACACAUACAUACAAAUAUAAUAAUAAUAAUAAUAAUAAAUAAUAAAUAAUUGAAACAAAUGGCGCAUUGUAUGCAUAAAUAUUCCAAUAAUAACAUUUAUAUUAAUGUUUACAAUAUGUGCUAAAAUACAAAAAGGCAUUGUCGAUAAAUGAUUGCGACUUCGUAAUUUCAGCUUUUAAAAUGAAUGUAGAUGACGGCACUAAGCAAGGUUUGAUACUGUGAUAAGUGCUCCAGAGAAAUGGCGGGAACUGCUUUCAUGUUCCUCUGGGAUUCUUGCUGUUAGCUGUUAGUAGCAUGGUGCAAAGUAUGAUAAACUGUGCAGGUUGAUUAAAAUGGAUUACAAGGCACGUAGGCGUCAUACAAUUGUCACGGAUACAAAUGCUCAAGAAAAUAAUUAUCCUCAUGAUAUUCAAAUGUACGAUGUGCCCCCAGUGGGUGAGAUGUCAUUGGAAGAGUUUCAGGAGUUAGGGUUUGACAGAUUAAAAGCAUUACGUUUGGUCGAGACAACAAACUGUAGAGGUGAUUUAAAAACAUUGGAAGAUCGCAAGAAAGCUCUGUAUGAUUCUUUGAAAUCUGACGGAUUGAAAUACUAUGCGAAUCUAUUGUACGCUGAUGGAUCUAAUCCACAGUCGGAGGAACAUUUACAGAUCAGGAAGAAAGAUCACAUAUCACAUUUUAUUUUGAGACUUGUUUAUUGUCACGAUAUGGAGCAAACUAAAUGGUUUAUUAAUCAAGAGGUUGAAUUCUUUAAGUUAAGAUUUAAUUCCUUAGAAAAGAAGGGCAUCGAACAUUUGUUGAGUAUUAGUAACAUGGAUUGCGUACCUAUUUCACAAAAUGAAAAAUUAGAGGUGAAAGAAGAACUUAGUUUAUCAUCUGGGAAGGUUACAAACAUAGAUAUCGUAGAUAUUUAUAAAGUGCCUUUUGAGAAAGUCAUCGAUUUAGUCAGAGGACGUAAAGUAUAUCUCAAAGCAGGGAUGGCAUAUGUCACCCAUAUGGAUUUGAGUUCAGUAUUUAUCUCUUAUUUUAGAGAGAAUCUAACUGCAGGAUUAGGGAGCGCAAAGAUCUUUUACGAUAAUAUAUCUGACGAUGAAAGAUUGACCAGAUACUUAACAGGUCUUCCUUCGGCUUUCUCUGGAAUGGCGCGUGUUGUGUGGUCAACCACAGCUACACCCAUUGAUAAACUGCAUGAUUUAUCCAAAACGUCAUAUCCAUUAUGUAUGAGAACACUUCAUGAAGCACUUUACACCAACAGCCAUCUGAGGAACUCAGGACGUAUGCAAUAUGGGUUGUUCCUGAAAGGUAUAGGUGUGACUUUAGAAGAUGCUCUACGUUUCUGGAGGGAUGCAUUUUCGAAAAAAACAGACGGAGGAGCAUUUGACAAAAAAUAUGCAUACUCUAUUAGGCAUUACUAUGGUAAAGAGGGAAGGCAGACGAAUUACACGCCGUACGGCUGCCAGAAAGUAAUAUCUAGCUCUGUCGGGCCUGGAGAAUAUCAUGGAUGUCCUUUCAGACAUAUGGACCGCGAUUCGUUGUGCCAAAAGUUAACUAGUUGUGGAGUAUUUGCCUCUAAUAUGACGGAAAUAUUAGACUUAGCCAAGGAUGGACAAUAUCACUUAGCAUGUGCCAAAUAUUUUGAAGUUAUGCACAACAAGCCAGCAAGCAAACCACUUUUACAUCCAAAUGCAUACUUUGCUGAAAGUCGUGCAAUUUUAACUGAAGACGAUAGUAAUGGCAAAGUUGCAGAUUUCGACAACAAAGAUAAAUUCUCUCAAAAUACAAUUGGAACUCCCGGAGGCGUAUCUUCAAGAAAAAGUGAUAGACAUUCUACGCCUUCUAGAAAUUCGGAUUUUACUGGCACGCCAAAAACAAACACAAUCGACACACCUUUGAGAAAAGUCCAGAAAACAAAUUACUAUACACCUUCGAAGAAGGCUAAAAUGACUCCAGUAAAUAUUGCAGAAAUGCUAAACGAUGAUGAUUUUACAGACUUGAUGGAUGUAGAUCUAAUGGAUCAAAAAAGUUAACAAACAAUUGUUCUGUAUUAUAAAUUUAUUUAUUCAUGUUCUUUGAAUCCACUUUGCAAAAUUUCUUCAAAUAUGUAUUUUUUAUCCUAUUUAUCAAUAUUUUUAAUAAUUGUUCAACUAUGUUGAUCUUGUAAUAAAUACUAUGCUUAUAAUUUAUGUAA